UAGACGCGGCCACAAGCCCAUCUCUGCUCGAGCAUCUCGGAAGCAGGAAGUAGUUUCUAAUGCACCUGACGCGGAGUCAAGCAAACAUACAACAGGUUGAUUUAAACGUAAUUGUUGCCACUAUCGACCACCAUGUCGGAGGGAGAUGAAGAGUCAUUCAAGGCUGUAGACUUGGAGCAACAGGCUCAGAAGUCUCCCAAACCAGAGUCAGACAUCCAGCCUCCGCAAUCUCCUAGUGAAACAGAUAAACCCAGCACACCUUCUACAGAGGCCAGGGAGGAUACCUCUACACGCAAUUCAGUGGCCAAAGCUAAAUGGAUGUCAACUGUGGAACAGUUUAAAAUGAAGAGAUUUUUUGUCCUCAGGCCUGGAACUUUGGACCAAGCCAUUGAGGAACUUAAAGCACUGGCGGAUCCCUCAGAAGAUGGUGCUGUCCAGAGUGUUUGGCUCAUGGCUGAGAUAGAUCAUUGGAACAAUGAGAAAGAGCGUCUGGUGCUCAUCACAGAGAAUACCCUCCUUAUCUGCAAGUAUGAUUUUGUCAUGCUCAACUGUGAACAGAUACAGAGGAUUCCACUCAACUUCAUCGACCGCAUCUGCCACGGCACCUUCUGCUUUCCACAACGCUCCCUCCUGACGAGAGAGGGCAAGGGGGUGCGGGUGUUUUGGGACAAGCUCAGAGAGCCAUCAUUUACUUCCCGUUGGAAUCCUUUUUCUGUUGACUAUCCUUUCACUACAUUUGCCUAUCACCCUGUCAGGAGUGCAAACGAGCAGCUGGGCCAUCUGUGUGAGAUCAACAACUUCAGGGAGCAGCUGACUUUGGCAGCCCAGAAAGCCCACAGCAAGAAGCCUGUACCUGGAAAAGCUAAUGGGGUUCUUGAGCUGAAUCAACCCAUCCUUAUUGAGGCAUAUGUGGGACUAAUGUCCGUCAUAGGCAACCAAAAUAAGCUGGGGUAUUGCUUAGCACGAGGCAGUGUUGGUUUCUGAGGUUGCCUUGAGUCUUCUAAUGAAUGUUUACACUAAGUAAUUCUCUUGUACCAGCUAAGCAUGAAUAGUUUAUACUUAUGUAAGAUAACUUAAGAUAUUUUAAAACAAAAGCAGUUUAUCAUUGCUGUUCUUAAAAAAAAUGUAUCUGUACCUUUCAAUGUCCAACAAAACUUGCAGUUAAAUCUUGUUACAUUGCUUCUAAACGAAUUAGCGUUCUUCAGUGUAUUUCUUUGCUUUCGUUUUAGCUGUUUUUAGGUAAGAUUGUUCAUUCAUUUCAUUUGAUCAUCAUUUCACAAUUUAACUUCAGAUUUGCCACAAAUCUUAAUAGUAUAAAUGAUUCAUAAUAAAUCUGUAGAUGGCUUCAUAAUGUAAAAAAAAAAAAAAAAAACUUUUUAAAUUACAAUGUUAUACAGUCAUUUCCUUUGGGUGUGUCAUAACAUUCAAAAUAAUUUAGUCACUCCUCCUACGACUUCCUGAGUAGAAAUAUAUUGUUUUUGUAUGUUAUUUGUACUUAUGCCCCUGCAGAAUGUGCCUUUUAUUGUGCCAUCUAACUGUUGAAAUGCAAGAAUUACCAUAAAAACUCUCUGGUGGUAAUUUGUAUUUAUGCCUUUUCUUUAUAUCUGUACCUGUGCUGAUAUCCUGCCCCAUCAAGAGGCUUCUUACAGGCCACUUGGUGCACACAUAAAGAUAUGGCACAAGUCAUAUUUGCUUGAUGGUUUAAGGUUUAUUAUUACAGCAGAACAUAGUGCUGGAAUUUCCCAGAUUCUCAGUAAUUGCUACAUUCACACAGCCUUCUUGAUUUUUUUUUUCUACAGCAGAGUGUCAAACAAUUUGUUAAGCCUUUAUAUACAAAAAUAAUAAUAAUAAUAAUAAAGUGCCUUUAUGAAAACUCAC